AUGGCUGGAGCGAGGGAACAAGAUCAGUACAUGCCAAUAGCAAAUGUGUUAAGGAUCAUGCGAAAGAUCUUACCAUCGCAUGCAAAGAUCUCCGAUGAAGCGAAGGAGACCAUCCAAGAAUGUGUGUCGGAGUACAUUAGUUUCAUCACUGCUGAAGCAAAUGACCGAUGUCAGCGCGAACAACGUAAGACUGUAACUGCUGAAGAUGUUUUGUGGGCUAUGGGAAAACUUGGUUUUGAUGACUAUGCUCAAUCUCUUUCUAUUUACCUUAAUCGUUAUCGCCAAAGUGAAGGAGACCGUAUGUCUGUGAGACGUGCUCCUACUUCUGUUCCUCCAAUGGAGAUGAUGAACCCACCUUAUCAACCUUAUCCUCCUCAUGGUUUUGGAAUGUUUGACUAUGAUCCAUCACACUCCAUAGCUUCUUCUUCAAGAUCAGGUGGACUUGUUCCAAACAUUGAUCCUUAUGUUAAUCCAAAACCUAAUGAUGAUUUUGAUCCUUUUCUUAAUCCAAAACCUGCUGAUGAUAAUCAUAUGUGAAUGUGUUUCUGCAUGCAGCUACAUUCACAAGAUCAAUGGUCCUGGUAUGAAACUAAUACAUGCAGAGAGACGUCAUGAUGAUGCAAGUGUUUAAUGUUUUGUUUUCCCUUCUACAGUUGUUUUCAGUUCGAGACAGUGUCUCAUAGUUUAUGUUUAAUGUUUUUCUUUUAUGUUUCAAGAAGUUAGUGUUCACUGUAGUAUCUUACUACACUGUGUUGAACACUUU